UUUUAUAAGGCCCAAACAAGCUUUAGACGGGCCGAUCGUUUAAACGACGCCGUUAGAGAGAAGUUCGUAAAGACUUGAGUGUGAUAAGUCUUCGAGACUCGCGAAGACGAAGAAGAAGGCAGUGUGAAGAAAAGAAGGAAAAAGGGAUUUGUGUUUGCUUAUUCGAUCUUUGAGGAUGGUGAAAUCGACAAGUAAGGAUGCUCAGGAUCUGUUCCAUUCUCUUCGUUCCGCUUAUUCCGCUACUCCGACUAAUCUGAAGAUCAUCGACUUGUAUGUCGUUUUCGCUGUCUUCACUGCUUUGAUUCAGGUGGCUUAUAUGGCUUUGGUGGGAUCAUUUCCAUUUAACUCAUUCCUAUCUGGAGUUCUCUCUUGCAUCGGGACAGCAGUUCUUGCUGUUUGCCUCCGGAUUCAAGUGAACAAAGAAAACAAGGAAUUCAAGGAUUUGGCACCAGAACGAGCUUUUGCUGAUUUUGUCCUCUGCAACUUAGUCCUUCACUUGGUGAUCAUCAACUUCCUCGGAUAGGUUUUCCUCUCCUAUUAGAGCUUGCUUUCAUGUUUUCAUGUUGAUGGAGUUUUUUAGGUGUCACUUGGAAUCAAAACUGUAGUUUUGAGAUAUUAUGUUUUCUUAUCAAAGACAAACUUUGAGUCUCUCAAUAACAAUGAUAUAUUAUUCAGCAAUGGGGGACCCUUGGUUCGAAUUGGUUCGCUCGGCCUAUAUUCGAA